AUGAUCGCAGAAUCAACUUCCAGCCCCAGAGGCAUUAGGUUUGCCAUAGAUCGAGGUGGCACUUUCACCGAUGUAUGGGCAGGUGUAGAGGGGCGGCCAAACAUAGUCCUGAAGUUGCUCUCUGUGGAUCCCGAAAACUAUGCAGACGCCCCUUCAGAAGCAGGUAUUCGACGUGUGCUGGAGAUGGUAACAUCUUCUCAGAUUCCUCGCGCAUCGCCAUUGCCGAAAAAGCACAUCGAGUCUAUUCGGAUGGGCACUACUGUGGCUACUAAUGGUACAACAAGCUCCUUUCCGAACUCUUUUCAAAACAUGAGCUUACAAAGCCAUUCAGCUCUUCUCGAACGGAAAGGAACAAGACAUGCGCUCCUUGUCACCGAAGGGUUUCGCGAUCUGCUGGACAUUGGCCACCAGUCCCGCCCGAAUCUAUUUGCCCUCGACCACUGCAAGCCUGAGACUUUGUACGAAGAGGUAGUGGAGAUCUCUGAAAGAGUAACUCUAGAGGACUUCGAAGAGCGCCCCAAAGAAAUGGCUCUGCCAACGAGUAAAAUACCUGGGAAGUUAGUGAAGGGCACCACAGGAGAUAUCUUGCGCAUUAUCAAGCCUCUUGAUGCAAAUGAGGUAAAGAAAAAGCUUACUGCUAUCCGAGAAAAAGGGAUCGAUGCUCUUGCAAUUUGCUUUGCUCAUUCCUAUCUAUACCCUGACCAUGAGGAUGCUGUGGCCAAGAUUGCAUCAGAACUUGGAUUUGCCCACGUUUCAUCCUCGUCGGAAGUUGGCUCAAAGAUGAUCAAGAUGAUCUCCCGAGGCAGCUCAGCAUCAGCAGAUGCAUACCUGACCCCAGAAAUCCAACGAUACGUGCAUACAUUCGCGCGAGGCUUCGAAGGUGGUAAUUUGGAUGGCGUCCGCUGUGAGUUUAUGCAAAGUGACGGCGGUCUGGUGAAUUACAGAUAUUUCACUGGUCUGAAAGCUAUUCUCAGUGGUCCUGCAGGAGGCGUUGUGGGCUACGCACGAUCCUCGUACGAUGGGAGAACUCCUAUUGUUGGCUUUGACAUGGGCGGCACCAGUACAGACGUAUCACGAUUCGGUGGCGAUUUUGAGCAUGUUUUCGAGACAACGACAGCUGGUGUUGCCAUCCAGAGUCCUCAGUUGGACAUCAACACGGUCGCGGCAGGCGGUGGAAGUAUCCUUAAUUGGGAGAAUGGCCUCUUCAAGGUCGGACCUGAAAGUGCUGGUGCACACCCAGGUCCAGCUUCAUACCGCAAAGGUGGCCCGCUCACAGUAACAGAUGCCAACCUCAUGCUCGGCCGUCUGCUUCCCCAAUAUUUCCCCUCUAUUUUCGGCCCGAAUGAAGAUCAACCAUUAGACGAUGAGAUAGUGCGCGAGAAAUUCGCAGAGUUGACACAGAAAAUCAAUGCCGAGACCCAUCGGACCAUGAGUCCGAUGGAAGUGGCCAACGGGUUCAUUGAUGUAGCUAAUGAAGCUAUGGGGCGCCCGAUCCGUGCAAUCACCGAAGCACGAGGCCACGAUACAUCUGCUCAUAACCUGGCAGUAUUUGGAGGAGCCGGUGGGCAGCAUGCUUGCGAGCUUGCCAAGAAACUCGAUAUCAAGCGAGUGGUCAUUCACAAAUUCUCCAGCAUUUUGUCAGCUUAUGGCAUGGCACUAGCCGAGGUUGUGCAGGAGAUGCAAGAGCCAAGCAGUGAGACACUCUGUGACGACGCGAUGUCAAAGAUUGAGCAAAGGCUCGAUGACCUUAAGGACGGGGUUUUGAAGAGGCUUCUAGCUCAAGGAAUUAAAGAGGAAGCCAUCAGAUACGACAUAUACUUACACUUGAGAUAUGAAGGUACGGAAACUCAACUGAUGAUCCCGCAGCCAGCAGACAGAGACUUCAGAGCUGCCUUCGAACGUGAGCAUUUGAGAGAACUGGCAUUCCUGUUUCCAUCCUCCAAGAAAGUCCUAGUGGAUGACAUUCGGAUCCGUGGCGUGGGAGCAAGCCCGGAGGUCGUUCAAGACAAUGACCGUCUGAUCAAGGAGAUGCAAGAAGCUGAUUUUAACCCCAUCAAAGCACUAGAUGCUGCUCACAAGACAAAGGUGUAUUUCAGCCCAGACGGGUAUCAGAUGACCCCUGUCUUCUUACUAGAGCAGCUCAAAAGGGGUGAUGUGGUAGAUGGCCCGGCACUAAUCAUCGAUCACACGCAAACGAUCGUCAUUGUGCCCGGCUCAAAAGCUUCUAUAUUAACCUGUCAUGUCAUCAUCGACCAGUCUGACACUAAGGAGGCUCCCACUGCAGACGCUACUGAGAAGAUGGCGGAUCCCAUUCAACUUUCUGUAUACAGCCAUCGCUUUAUGGGAAUUGCAGAGCAAAUGGGCCGUACCUUGCAACGGACUAGCCUUUCAAUCAAUAUCAAGGAGAGAUUGGACUUCUCCUGUGCGAUCUUUGGGCCUGACGCCGAACUGGUUGCUAAUGCUCCGCAUGUACCAGUUCACCUGGGCAGCAUGAGUUAUGCUGUCAGGUACCAGGCAGAGCUACACAAGGGUAACCUGAGGCCUGGGGAUGUUCUUGUGUCGAAUCACCCGGAGUCUGGCGGUACGCAUCUUCCCGACAUUACCGUCAUCACCCCUGUUUUCGAACCCGAUGGGAAGACUGUAUGUUUCUAUACUGCCUCCCGGGGCCAUCACAUGGACAUUGGUGGUUUGAAAGGAACUUCGAUGCCGCCCGAUUCGACUUCGAUUUACGACGAAGGUGCGGCGAUCCGUUCAUUCUUCUUAGUCCGAGACGGCAAAUUUGACGAGAAGGGAAUCUGUGAUAUACUUCUUGAGCCCGGCACACACGAGGGCUGCACUGGCUCUAGGAGACUCGAAGAUAACAUCUCGGACUUAAAAGCCCAGAUAGCCGCCAAUAACAAGGGCUCGUCUCUGAUCCAGGCCCUCAUGGCAGAGAAAGGCAAAAGGGACGUACAUUUUUACAUGAAGAAAAUCCAGGAGAACGCCGAAAUUGCCGUCCGGAAUUACCUCAAGGACGUAAGACGAAAACACGGGAACACCCCUCUUGCGGCGGUUGAUUCCAUGGAUAACGGAUCCAUUAUGCGCGUGUCGAUUACGAUUGACGAAGAUGGCACUGGAACCUUUGAUUUCAAUGGGACCACCUCGGAGAUGCUAUCAAAUAUGAAUGCCCCUCCUGCGAUCACUUACUCCGCUCUCAUCUACACCAUGCGGGUUCUCAUUGGGAACGACAUCCCUCUUAACCAAGGGUGUCUUGCGCCAACAAAGGUCCUAAUUCCAAAAAACACAUUUCUGAACCCAUCCGCUGGUCGGGCUGUCUGCUGCGGUAAUACUCUCACAUCGCAGAGGGUGACAGAUCUCUUGUUGAAAGCCUUCCAUGCUGCGGCUGCUUCCCAAGGCUGCAUGAACUGCAUGGGGUUCUUCGGACGCGGCGGUGUCGGGCCAGAUGGGAAACCUCUCCCUGGAUUUGCAUACAACUACGGCGAGACAAUCGCCGGUGGAGCUGGCGCUGGACCGACCUGGCACGGAGCCAGUGGCCUGCACACGCAUAUGACCAACACUCGUACCACCGACGCCGAGGUGAUCGAGAAACGGUACCCCGUUCUGGUGCGCGAAUUCUCCAUUCGCCGCGGCAGCGGCGGAAGAGGUAAGUUCAACGGUGGAUGCGGUGUCGUGAGAGACUUCGAGUGCCGUGCGCCUCUUACCUUCAGCAUGAUCUCAGAACGACGAGUGAACCAGCCGUAUGGAAUGGAAGGUGGUGAACCCGGGCAGCGUGGAACAAAUUACUGGGCCCAAGUGAAUGAAGAUGGGUCAUACACUUGGCUUAACAUUGGACCGCGAGGUCAGGUCGACAUGAAGCUGGGUGACCGGUUUGUUGUGCACACACCAGGUGGUGGUGGCUGGGGGCGUGCAGAAGAUGUUGACAGCGUUGAAUCUUCGGAUAAGAUCUCUGCGUUUCAGCCGCGAGCCAAUGGCAGCGUGAAUGCUUUCUUUGCGGCUCAGCUGCAGGCUUAA